AUGGAGGAAGCUAGUUUGUGCCUUGGAGUUUCUUCAGCUGUGCCUGACGUUGACACUCACCUCAACAACUCUUUGCUGAAUGGCCAGUAUUCAAUGAGUCAGAAGCUACACCAGAUCACUUCCCAGCUCAGUCAUGCCUUCCCAGAGCUGCAGAACCGCCAGAAAUCCGAAGACAAGCCUGUGACGCCCUUAGAAGAGAAAAGUCAUGUGUCGAUGACAGGUCAACCGAUCAACAACCAGAUGGCUUUAUUGGCCAACCAACUCAAUCGGGAAGUUGAUAGCGGUCUUAAUGGAAGAGUUGACCUGCAACAGUUUCUCAAUGGACAGAACCUUGGGAUCAUGUCCCAGAUGAGUGACAUUGAGGAUGAUGCACGGAAGAACAGAAAGUACCCGUGUCCACUUUGCGGCAAGCGUUUCCGUUUUAAUAGCAUAUUGUCACUACACAUGCGUACUCACACUGGGGAAAAGCCUUUUAAGUGCCCCUAUUGUGACCACCGGGCAGCCCAGAAGGGCAACUUGAAGAUCCACCUACGCACUCACAAACUUGGAAAUCUUGGCAAAGGCCGAGGGAGAGUCAGAGAAGAAAACCGGCUUUUGCAUGAGCUGGAGGAAAGAGCAAUAUUACGGGACAAACAGAUGAAAAGCAGCCUUCUUCAGCCCCGACUGGACGUGAAACCACAACAACAGCACUUACAGCAAUCCCCCUUACCCAACUGUCACGUAUCAGUGCCAGCGAAUCAUAACACUUCUGACAUUUCCAGCAAAGUGCCAUCUCCGAAACCUGCGGUUGUUCAAGAGGAGGCAGUUGCUCCCACCACAGGAUUCAGAUGCACAUUCUGCAAAGGUAAAUUUAAAAAACGGGAAGAGCUGGAUAGGCAUAUCCGAAUAUUGCACAAGCCUUACAAGUGCACUCUUUGUGAUUUUGCUGCCUCUCAGGAGGAAGAGUUGAUUAGUCAUGUAGAGAAGGCCCACAUCACAGCAGAGUCCGUUCAAGGCCAAGGUUCCAGUGGUAAUGGAGAGCAGUCAACCAGUGAAUUCCGCUGCGAAGUUUGUGGUCAGGUCUUUAGCCAAGCUUGGUUCUUGAAGGGCCACAUGAGGAAGCACAAGGAUUCAUUUGAGCAUUGCUGCCAGAUAUGCGGAAGGCGCUUCAAAGAGCCUUGGUUUUUGAAAAACCACAUGAAGGUCCACCUAAACAAAUUGUCUGUCAAGAACAAGUCCCCCAGUGAAGCAGAGGUUCCAGGCUCAAUUAAUAGCAUUUCACAGGAGACUCACACCAAUCUUUACUCCAGAUAUAUAUCUUGCUUACAAAGCGGCUUUAUGCCUGCCGAUAAAGCAAAUUUGAGUGAACAUGGCCACAUUUAUAACAAAUCUGAUUUGAAAGAGAAGGAUGUCAUUGGUAAACUUCUGUCACCAAUCACCGGCUUGGCUCAUAACAUGUCUGAAAGCGAAAAGCAUUCUUUGCUUGGCUCCCUCAAUUUGGUGCCUCCACUUAAAUCCAGUUGCAUAGAACGGUUGCAGGCUGCAGCUAAAGCAGCUGAGAUGGAUCCAGUCAACAGCUACCAAGCUUGGCAACUUAUGGCAAGAGGAAUGGCUAUGGAGCACAGCUUCCUGUCUAAAGAACAGCAGAUACAACGAAACCAUGAAGACAGUUUAUCCAGUCCUGGGGUUCUGUUUGAUAAAGAAAAGAGAGAGUAUGUUAUUGUUGGACCGGAUGGCUCCAAGCAGAAAAUGCCAACUGAUUUGGUUCACAGCUCCAAAAUGUGUAACCAGAGAGAUGUGCCAUCUAAACUUGACCUCCUUGAAAGCACGAGAGAUUUCUUGUCCCAUGGCCUAAACAAGGGGCAUGAAUACAGCAUUCAAGGCCAUGGAGCCCUGAAUGAUAAACCAACUGAAUGUCCAGAUUGUGGUAGGGUCUUUAGAACCUACCACCAAGUUGUGGUGCACUCGAGGGUCCACAAACGAGACAGAAAAGCAGAAGAAGAGGCACUUCGCAUGAGCCUGGAGGAGCGGCGAGGAUCAGGGAGCGACCAGGAAUCUCAGUCUAUGAGCCGGUCCACCACACCAGGGUCUUCAAACAUCACGGAGGAAAGUGGAAACGGUGGUGCCCUGUCCCAAGCUGGAAGUGCACAGGAAGACAGUCCUCAUCCAUCCUCCCCUUCAUCUUCAGGUAUGAAACAAUACAUAUCUCUGAAAUGA